AUGAGUGACCGUCGAGGUUUAGGUGGAUCUAGCAUAGCAACAACAGCAACAAGUUUUUUACCAGCAAAGAAGAAAGAUCCUUCCAAAGAUCGAGUCAAAACACAAGACAAAGGAAAACCAUCAUCGCCACGACAACGAGGAUCGGCUUCGCCUUCACCUGGUCCUGGAUUUGCGGCAUUCACUAAACACACUACUGGAUUCGGACAAAAGAUGCUGGAGAAGAUGGGUUGGACGGCAGGCAAAGGAUUAGGUGCUGGUGGUGAAGGUAUGGUGAAUCCUGUGGAAACAAAACAACGACCAAAAGGUAUGGGGAUGGGCUUCCGUGGAUUCCAAGAACGAACAGAGCAAACUAAAUUGGAAGCGAUGGAAACUUCAGAAGAAGAAGAAGAGGAAGAAGAACAAGAUGAAAUAGCGGCACCAAGACAAGCAUGGAAACGAAAAGAUAAAAUACCUCAAGAACAAACAAUACCUUCUGUAAAAUCUCGAAAGGCGAAAAAGGUGACAUAUCAAACAGCUAAUGAUAUUUUGGCCGAUGUACAACAAUCAAUGCAACAACAACCACAGAAGGUGAUCGAUAUGACAGGACCCAGUAUUCGAGAAAUCUCCAUUUCAGAUAUUAGACGUACCGAUUCGCCAACAUUAAUGGAAACUACCACUCGCUUACCUGAAUUACGACACAAUCUACGUCUUAUUGUUGAUCUUUCACGAGGUGAUUUGGAAAACCUAUCAAGGGAAAAACAAAAUACGGCAUUCCGACUCAAGGCUAUGGAGGAAGAAUUGGAUGUGAUACAACAACGACACAAGGUGGAUGAAGAACGAUUAGAUAAGAUUCAACAAGUCAAGGCUAUUGGGUUACAAUUACAACAGAUUUCUCGGGAUGCUCUAGCCAAUGGUAUGUAUGAAAGCGCAAAUAUGACAACAUUAUUUGGAGAGCCUUUUGAACAAUUGAAAACAAAAUAUAUGGAUCAAGUGGUACAUAUGCGAUUGGAUGCGAUGGUGGUGGCAGUUUGGGCACCAAUUAUGAAAUACAGGUGUGUUCAUUGGAAUGUAUUAGAAAAUCCACUCUUGGGUUUGGAUGAUAUCAAACGAUGGCGACCUUUACUAUUAUGCAACGAUGAUAUGGAAAAAAAGAAAUCAUCAAGACGGCGACAUACCAAACAAAACGAUAUUUCUUUAGAGGCGACUCCUUUUGAAACCAUGAUGAAUACUAUUUGGCUCAACAAAGUUCGCAGUGCAAUCAACAAUUCAUGGCAGGUACGUGAACCAGAUGCAGUGAUACAACUAUUGGAAGCAUGGCAACCUGUUUUACCUCGAUUCAUCUUUGAAAAUAUCAUUUAUCAAUUGGUAUUACCAAAAUUAACAAGAGCAGUGGCUGAUUGGGAUCCUCGUAACGAUGAACAGCUAGUACAUACUUGGAUUCAUCCAUGGUUACCAGUACUUCAAGCAUGGCGAUUGGCGGACAUUUGCACCACUAUUAGACACAAACUCUCAGUGAUCUUACGACAAUGGCAUCCGUCUGAUGAAUCAGCACUAGAGGUGGUGGGACGAUGGAACGAUGUAUGGACUCGUCAACAAAUGGAUCAUUUCCUUCAAAAGAAUGUAUUACCAAAACUAAUUCAAGUGUUACGACGUGAAUUUGUUGUCAAUCCUCGGGAUCAACAAUUGGAACCUUUGGCUUGGUGUUUAGCAUGGAACGGUAUCUUAUCCGAUCAGGUAUUUGGUGAAUUAUUAGACAAUGAGAUAUUCCCACAAUGGCUCCGAGUAUUAUACAAAUGGCUUACGAUGGAUCCUAAUCAUGUGAAUUAUGAUGAAAUCAAAGAAUGGUAUAUGUGGUGGAAACAAGUAUUUACUUCUUUGGGUAUUGCUGAUCAUCCUGUACUAUUGAAAUGGACUAGACGAGCCUUGGAAAUGAUGAAUGCUGCAUCUAGUGGUGAAUCUAUUGAAGCUCCUUAG